AUGAUUUGCCUUAAAAGUAAGUUCGCUUAAUUUCGAAAAGCAUCCGAAAUUUUGCCGUAUCCGAAAAUUUGGCGAAUUGUGACAUCCAAAGUCAAUCGUAGACCUAACGGAAGAACAAUCUUUUCUUCUACUUUGUGGGUCCCACUACCAGCGUGGAAAUGAUCCAGAAUUUUUACAUUUUUGAAGCUUCGGUGCCGAAAAUCCAUUGUCACCCUCCCUUUUUAUAGCAAUUUGUAGGGUUUUUCUCUCUCUAAAAUCUCAGCUAAUCUCUCUCUAGUUUUCUGAGAAUCUAGGGUUGUUUUGAUCAUGGCUUCUCUCCCUACUCCUUUGCCCUCUGCUCCUCAAACCAGACCUAAUCUCUCUCUAGAAAAUGCUAUUCAUGGUAACCUCUUUCUAAGGAGUUUUGUUGUGUUUGAUGGCCUGAAAAAGCCCAGUCCAUUUUCACUUAGUAAUAGGGGAAUUAGGGUUUCUAGGCCUGUUACUUGUGAGGCUGUGUCUGUGACACCACAGACUGAGAUUGAGGGUCUCAACAUUGCAGAAGAUGUUACUCAGCUCAUAGGGAAGACCCCUAUGGUAUACCUGAAUGGUGUAGUUGAGGGAUGCGUUGCAAAUAUUGCUGCGAAGCUCGAAAUUAUGGAGCCAUGCUGCAGUGUGAAGGACAGGAUAGGUUUUAGCAUGAUAUCUGAUGCCGAACAGAAGGGACUGAUAACUCCUGGAAAGAGUAUAUUGGUGGAGCCAACAAGUGGAAAUACUGGCAUUGGUCUUGCAUUCAUUGCUGCAUCGAAAGGAUACCAACUGAUUCUAACAAUGCCAGCAUCUAUGAGUAUGGAAAGGCGAGUGCUUCUUAAAGCCUUUGGUGCUGAGCUCAUUCUCACUGAUCCUGCUAAGGGCAUGAAGGCGGCAGUUCAAAAGGCUGAAGAAAUUCUGAAGAAGACUCCUGGGGCAUACAUGCUUCAGCAAUUUGAUAACCCUGCGAACCCAAAGAUACACUUUGAGACAACUGGGCCGGAAAUAUGGGAAGAUACAAAUGGCAAAGUGGAUAUAUUUGUUGCUGGCAUUGGUACCGGUGGAACUGUCACUGGUGUUGGCCGUUAUCUGAAGAACAAAAACCCAAACAUAAAGGUUAUUGGCGUGGAGCCCUCAGAGAGCAACAUACUUUCAGGUGGAAAACCAGGUCCCCACAAGAUUCAAGGCAUAGGAGCUGGUUUUGUACCCAAGAAUUUGGAUUUAGACAUACUUGAUGAAAUCUUAGAGAUAUCCAGUGAUGAUGCUGUUCAGAUGGCAAAGCAAUUGGCACUCCAGGAGGGCUUGCUGGUGGGGAUCUCUUCAGGAGCAGCAGCACUUGCAGCUAUUAAAGUGGCAAAAAGACCGGAAAAUGCUGGAAAGCUUGUUGCUGUUGUUUUUCCGAGCUUUGGUGAAAGGUACCUGUCUUCUGUUCUGUUUCAAUCAAUAAGAGAGGAGUGUGAGAAAAUGCAGCCCGAACCAUGAAACCACAUAUCCCUGUCUCCUCUCUCUCUCUCUGUACAAAAAGAUGGUAAUUCUCACGUGCCUUCUGUUUUGUGUGUAAUGAUGUAAUCUUCACCUCCAAUAUUUAAUAUUUAUUACCUGGUCACCUGUAAUCUGGUAAUCCGAAUAUUUACCAGCAUCACAUUUUUCCAUGUUCAACAAACAUCUGAUUGUUGAGAUAAAUAAAAGAUAUGAUCCUGUUUGGGCACUCUCAA